AUGUGCUUGCUGCCUGUGGGUUCCAGGGCCACCCAGGGCUUUGCCCCUCAUCCUGCUGAUGGACAGACAGAAGGACAGAGGAGCCCCAGCCCUGCCAGGAGCCACGUGGGGUGUGGAGCCCUGGGCAGACCCUCGGCUGCCUGUGCCAAGGAGACCCCCGGGGCUGAGAGCCCUUCUGUGAGAGGUCCUGCCCCUGAAGGCUCCAGUUCGUUUGCAGCACCAGGGCCUUGUGGCUCCAGCUCAUGUGCAGCUUCAGGUUGGCUGGUUGUGCCCCUGUUUUUUCAGGCCCAGCUCCUGGAUGGCCCCAGUUCAGUCCUGGCUCAUGUUUGUUUCUGCUCUGGGUUCAGGUCCAGCUCAUGGAUGAUGCCAGCUGGUUUGUGGGUCUGUUUGGUUGCAGCUGCAGCUCAUGGGCAACUCUGGCUGGAGCUCCUUUGCACCUUCAGGCCCAGCUGGUUCCUGCUUCCAGGGUGUUUUGGACCCCAGUUGGUUUCAGAACCAGUCCAGAGUCAUCUCCUCCAGCUGAGCUGCAUCUCCAUUGCCAACUGGGUUCCAGCUCCUCUCCAUUGCCAACUGGGUUCCAGCUCCUUGUGGUUCCAGCCCCUCUCAGCUGGUGCUUGUUCCAACCCUCUUGGCUUCAGCCCAAGUUGUCCAUCACUCACUGUCACCAAGCACACAUGAACAUCAAGUGUCAUCCCUGGUCCCAACCCUGAAGGGGCUUGUACCUUGAAUAAAC